CACCCGUGUAGUUCACAAGAUAAAUUCGAGUAUACAGUGUUUUUCUUGUCUAGAUCCAUAGUUCCAUACGCAUUAUCCUCGAUCCUCAAAUUCCCUCAAAAUAGUUACAAUCUUCUGUAACAGGUUUUACAUCUCAGUUAUCUUUGUUCUGCUGUGAAAUUGGGAUCGUUAUUACAACUGUUCUGCUCAUAAGUCUAAGUGGCAGUUGAGGUGUGAGAGAUGGCGGAAGGGGGUGAAGAGGAUAAUUUGCCAAGGGAUGCGAAAAUUGUGAAGGAAUUGUUAAAAUCGAUGAGUGUGGAUGAUUACGAGCCUCGAGUUAUAAACCAGUUCUUGGAGCUAUGGUAUAGAUAUGUUGUUGAUGUUUUAACAGAUGCACAAGUCUACUCGGAACAUGCCGGGAAAUCCACGACUGAUUGUGAUGAUGUAAAGCUUUCUAUCCAAUCUAAAGUCAACCAAAGUUUCUCACAACCACCACCUCGAGAGGUGCUGCUGGAGUUGGCCAGGAGCAGAAAUAAGGUCCCGCUGCCAAAAUUGUUGGCAGGGCAUGGGAUCACUCUGCCUCCAGAACAAGAUACAUUGAUUAGCCCGAAUUAUCAGCUCGCUAUACCCAAGAGGCAAAUAAGCCAACCUGCUGAAGAGACUGAAGAAGAUGAAGAAGCUGUUGAUCCCAAUCCUAAUCCUAGUCAAGAACAAAGAGAUUUGCCUCAUGGAACCCCUCAGCGAGUUUCUUUUCCUGUUGCAGCUAAACAACCGAGAUAAAUGUUGUGUAAUAUUUCUGUGUUUGCAAGAGUAUAUGCAGCUUACCUUUUUUUUUUAAUUUAAAAGAAUAUUUGUCAUCUUCCUGUACUUGAAAUCUUCUGAGAGUUUGAUGCGCAAGCCAUGGUUAUGUUAUGGCUUUAAUUCUGUGUGUACAGCAAACUGCAAAGCUACAGUUGAUAUUGGUUAGACCCUUAUCAUACAUCCUCCGGAUUUCUUCACAAUACUAGGGCAAUCACUUGCUGGUGUAGUUGGACGGCUCCACCAUAUCCCUUGCAAGUUGGAUCACUUAUGGGCUCAUGAUUUAGCCGAAGCUUUAGUUUCUCCUUGGCUGGGAACACAUGAUGUCCAUCUUGAAUCACAUAUAACACAAGCCCUUUCCAAUAUUGCAAUUUUGUCUAGGAAGUAGGAUCUGGUUGGAUCUCUUCCCCAACAAGGACUCUCUUGAACAUCAAGAUAUCUAUCCUAUAUAAGCGUAACAAGUUCUUCUUCAUCUAUCAUCGCAUUCUAUGCGUUUUACUUACAUAAUUCAUAUAUAAAGUUUUGUCUCAGUUCUGAC